AUGCCCUGGCGUGGGAGCCCAAGCACAACCACCAAGCAGGCGCUCGCCCGAUCCGCCACCAUCCGCAGCGUUGCCAGCGUCGAGGGGUCCGAGUCGAGCCCCGACAGCAAGCGCAGCGCCUUUGGCAGCAGCGUCAACAGCAACGCCAGCGGCUCGUCCGCCAUGGGCGCCAGCCAGCACGAGCGGACGCCGCCCACCGUCCGGUUAAAGAGCGACGUCGCCGCCGACACGCCCGUACACUGGCACGCCAACGGCGUCCGUGCAAUUGACAGCACGCCGGCCGCCCACGACUCGUCCGUCCUGUCCGAGGAGCCCGACGCCAACGGCGGCCAGUGGGACUCGACAAUCGGCAAGGCCGGCCUGGGAAAGACGGGCCGCGUCAUCAACAAGCUCGUCAGCGACAACGAUGCCCUCAAGCGGGAUAUCCAGAUCGAGCGCCUGCGGGCCGAGGAGGCCAAGCAGGCCGCCAAGCUCCUCGAGGACAAGAUGGAGCGCAUGAUGAACGAGUACGAAGGCCGCCUGCUCGAGGCCAACGUCACAAAGACCCUGCUGGCGCGCAAGGAGCGCCAGGUAGAGACCCUGACCGCCACGGUCGACGCGGAGAAGAAGAAGGUAGUUUUCGCGCUAGAUCGCGAGAAGAGCUGGAGGGAGGAGCUGGAGCGCGUGAGAAGCGAGUCGACGACGCAGGUGGAAGAGGCAACGAGCUAUGCGCAGUUGAUGGAAGGCCGCUACAACGCCAUCUCCUCCCACUGGCGCGAUCAGGGCGACGAGGUCAAGCGUGCCGUGGCCAAGAUGAAGGGCGACAUCGACACCAUCGUCGAGGAGCGCCAGUCCGACGACGACAAGAUACAGACGCUGCGCGACCUGUGCGAGCAGCAGGACAACAACAUCAAGCAGCUGACGCAAGACAAGGAGCGCAUCGCGCACCUGUUUGACGAGUACAAGCGGACGCAAGAGGACGACCUGAAGGACAUCAAAACCAACGCCAGGAGGAGGGAGGAGGAGCAGGAGCGGCUGCUCGACGAGUCCAGAGAGGCAUUGGCGAAACUGAAGUGGGCGCUCAACGUUAAAAAGAACGUCAAGGACGCCAAAUAA